ACUAAGAAUAAAGAAAUUAAAGGAAGCUGUAACAAAUCGGAAACUUGUAAGUGAUCGGAUUGAAAAGCAAAGCAUGGGGCCGUGACUGUGACUCCAUUCCAUUCCCAUGGCACCGUCCUCUCCUCCGCUGCUCGACAAUUCCGACGCCGAGCGCCGACUUCGCGAGGCGGAGGAGCGCCUCCGCGACGCCAUCGAGGAGCUCCAGCGCCGCCAGCGUCGCGCCGCCGCUCAUGCUCAUCACCACCGCCGCGUCGACUCGCCGCCCUGCGAUCACGGCCCCGACGAGUCGUGCGUCGCUCACGCCAUUGGCAACCUCUGCCAGACCUUCCUCCUCUCCUACGGCGUCAGAGUCGGCAUUGGCAUACUCCUUCGCGCCUUCAAGCUCGUUCGCAGACAGUCCUACUCCUCUCUCCUCGAUCUCAAGCAACUUGUUUCAGAAAAAGAUUUAAUAGUAAGGGAAGAAGCAUGCCGUAUAGGUUUACUUUUUGGUGGUUUCACUGGAUCUUAUCAUGCUCUUAGAUGUUUGCUGCGAAAGUUGAGAAAGAAAGAGGCGCCGCUUAAUGUAAUUUUAGCAGGUUCAAUAGCUGGAUUCUCAAUUUUGGCGUUAAAUGAUUCAAAUAGGAGACGUACACUGGCUUUAUACCUGUUGGCUAGGUUAGCUCAGUGUGCUUAUAAUUCUGCAAAAUCUAAGAACAAGUUUCACCUUUGGGGGAGUCAUUGGAGACAUGGAGACUCUUUGCUGUUUGCCCUUGCUUGUGCACAGGUUAUGUAUGCCUUUGUAAUGCGUCCUGAGAGCUUGCCAAAAUCCUAUCAAGACUUCAUUCAAAAGACUGGGCCAGUUGCAGAGCCUGUAUACAAGGCUGUAAGGGAUUCCUGUAGAGGUCAUCCAGUUGAUGUUGCUUCACUGCAUACCUAUUUAUCUCAUACAGGAAAAUCUGAAUAUAUAAAGUUGGAAGAAUUUCCCUCCAUUAUUCCGUGUUCAAUCAUUCAUCCAGGAACAAAUUCAUGUUUAGUUCAUCAAGGAAAUGCAACAUCCACAACGUUUAAGAAAACAUUCCCGCUUUACUUCUCUUUGACCUUUGUGCCUUUUGUUGUUCUUCAUUUACAAAAGUUCACUGAUGCUCCAUUCCGUACUUUCUGGCUUGCUGUUAAAGGUGCUGUUCGCUCGACAACAUUUUUGUCUGCUUUUGUUGGAAUCUUUCAGGGAGUCAUAUGUUUACAUAGAAAAGUUUUUUCAAGAGAUCACAAGCUUGUAUAUUGGAUAGCUGGUGGAAUAUCUGCCUUAUCCGUGCUAUUGGAGAAAAAGGCUAGGCGUGGUGAGCUAGCUUUAUAUGUUCUUCCCAGAGCAGUAGAUUCAUUAUGGUAUAUCUUGGUGAACAGGCACCUCCUUCCAAAAAUCAGGAAUGCGGAGGUUUUCUUGUUUUCUCUGUGUAUGGGAGGAAUCAUGUACUACUUGGAACACGAGCCAGAAACCAUGGCUCCAUUUCUUAGGGGCCUGAUCCGUCGCUUCCUUGCCAGCAGAAUCAGCAAUCCAAGCCCACCAUCUAAUCGGACUGCUUCCUACACAUACCUGCAAGCUCUUGAUGGUAUGACACAACCAACAUUACAGGAGAAGAGGGAUACUGAAUCUUCUUCCCAAAAGUACAAUCUUGAAUCCAUUCCUGGCCUUUAACAUCUUUUUUUUCGGGUUGGUAGCUCUGAACUGCUGUUUCUUUGAUUAGGUAAUAGGAUAUCUUGUAUCGGGAAUCAGAUUCUAUAUCAAUUUCAUUGAUGGUUCCCCAUUUUUUUUUAUUGAUUGCUAAUGAAGGUGAAAGCUUUCUAAUUAUGUGCGAAAAACAAAAUAAAAUAAAAAGAACGUGAUCAAUGGAACAAUUGAUUUACAUUAUAUUCUGGAAAAUACAAAUACUACCCAUAAGGUUCAAAUCGACAGUUAA